CGCCGUCGUGCCCUCGCCGCCCGCCUUCGCCUACAAGGUCUGCGCGGCCAGAAGCUCGGAAAGCACAAGGUGCCGGUACCUGUACCCGAUGUGCAGCUGGGUGAGGACCUGAGUGGUAGUCUUCGGGCGAUGAAGGUGAGGUUUGGUCUGCCAUGCGACUUGUUCGAACUCGUUGGGCGUCAUGUCCUUGCGUUGGAGCGUUGAACUUGCAUCGAGCUCGCACACCCGUUCAUGACAUUGCUGUUACAUGACACUGACCUCGCCCCUACAGCCCGAAGGCAACCUCUUCCGCGACCGCUUCGUGAGCCUACAAAAUCGGGCGCUGGUCGAGCCGCGCGUGCGGGUGAUGUGCGUGUCUCCUUCGGCAUAUCUGCUCUUUUGUUCACCUUGUUUCGUACAACUCGCUCACUCGCCUUUCCUUCCUUCAGGCCCACGAAGCGCGUCUACAAGGACAUCGCGUACGAGAAACACGCUUGGAAGCGGUUCGACCGGGAAGAUUGAGAUGUCGGUGUUCUAUUCGGACGUCGACGAGUGUUCUUUGUUUUCGAGCGAUGUCAAGAUUCUAGAGGUACGAGAGCAUGGUGUACGUUCUCUAAGCAUGUGAACAUGUCCUAUAGUGUGCUUAUAUUGAUAGUGUCCUGAAAUCCUUCGACAAAUCAUUGUUCAUUCAUAAUAACAAC